UGCGCGUUUACCACACCUCUUUAGAGAAGCAACAUGGCGGCACUAGGAGUGGAAGUUAAUGUGGCGAAUGAUGAAGGAGAAACAAAUACAGCUGUCAAUGUUCCCGAAAGCGUGUUACGAAGAGAUCAAGCGCGGCUGGAAGAGGCAGAGCGCCGGAGAAAUGUCAAGGAGAGCCAGACCGUGAAGGAAGAAAAGAGCGAUUUCUUCACGUCCACCUUUAAUGCUGAGAAGACGGCAGUCGAGGAGAUGCUCUCCAGCUCCAACAUCAGUGACCGCGAUAAAGCCGCAAAAACACUGGAGGAGGUCACUGUGAGAAUUCAACAGCUCCAGAAAUUUCUCAACGACAGCAUGUUGUUUCUAGCCCAAUAUGAAAUAAGACAGGCACAGGCAUCCAUGCAGAAACUCCAGAGCUCUCUUGAUGAGAAGAGGGACAUGGUGUUGCCUAAAAAGAAAUUCGCUUUCAGAUCCAGGAAUGCCGGAGCAAGUAAGCAGCCUGAACCGUGUAAACAAACUCCAGAUAAGUCUGCAUCUGAUGUUGGUGGUACUGUAGUAGUGGAUGCUGCAAUCUCUGUAUACCAGUGUGGAUUCUCUAAUGCUGAAAAUCAAGUCCUGAUCAUGCAAGCUGAGGAGAUCCAGCAAAAAGAUGUUCUGUUAUCUCAUCUGACAAACUGUAAAGUGAGACUUUAUGGCUGUCCGAGCACCCUGCACAUCAAGAAUGUCCGGAGCUGUGAGAUCCUCUGCGGGCCAGUGUCCAGCUCUGUGUUUGUUGACCAGUGCACUGACAGCACUUUAGUGUUCCCCUGUCAGCAGCUGCGCACCCAUAACACCACUGCCACUCAGAUAUAUGUCCAUGUGACCAGCCGGGCAAUUAUAGAGGAUUGUCGUGAGGUCAGGUUUGCACCAUUCACGUGGACCUAUCCAGGUAUUCAUGAUCAUUUCAAAGUAGCCGGACUUGAUCCAGACAGAAACAAUUGGACAGAUGUGGAUGAUUUCAAUUGGCUUGCUGCUGGCACACCUUCACCCAACUGGACUGUCAUUCCUGAGACUGAGAGAAUAAGUAGUUGGGAUUUUGUGGGACCAUCUAAAAAAACUUUGAUGUGAUUACAUUAUUGUGUGCUCAGUAAAAAUGAUGCUAAUAUUGAGAUGCCAUAAAAAUGGAAUGUUUCCCAGUUCCGCACUUACAAAGCUCAUUAAUUAAUUGAAUGUUGUAUUAAAAU